AGCUUAGACGUGGUUGAUCUGCUGCCCGGCCCCAUCUGGCACAUCAUUUUCCGCCACCUGCUGCAGCCACCGGCCGAUCCUGCUCAGCAGCAAAACCAGGGCGACUCUAUGGAGGAGGUAUCAUUGCGGAGAGCUGUGAGCAGUUUGUGUGACUUUGUCGCCCUGCAGCAGCAGCCUGAUUCAACUGAUCCAUUCGAGAUUGAAGAAGAGAACGAGUACUGUCCCAUUAUGAACCCGCUGUCUGACAGAGAGCUUUAUGAGGAGAAUGCCAGGCGUUUCGGCUCCUCCUGGCGCCUGCUGAACUGUGCCAUGGUCAACAAGAGGCUGCUUCACCAUGCCGUCUCCUUCUCC